AUGCUUACGCACUGCCGCAUUAUGAAGCCGGCCCCUGUGCAUGAUCUCAUGACCGUAAAGCAAUUCCCAAAGAUCAAAUGUGAAUCAAGCAAAAUCCAGCCGCGGCGGCCGCGCCUCACCUGGGGCCAUCAGCCACUCAGGGCGGCUCUCAGAGGACGAGGACGGCCACUGAGGACGAGCUCGCGCCUCGCCUCCACGGGCCACCUGGCUCGCUCCCGGGCCUGCAGGCCUCAGGCGGCGGUCCUUCGGCCGAGCCACUGCGGCACCGGACCCCAGCGCCUCCCGCGGCCGCUACGCAUUUCACAGAUGGAGUCGACCGAAGUGCGGCUAACGGUCGCGCUCCUGGGAAUACCGCAAUGGCCACAGUCCACGCUAACAGGGACACUACGCAUACCAGGCAGGUCACGCAGGUCAGGCAGGUCACACAGGUCAGGCAGGUCACGCAGACCAGGCAGGUCACGCAGGCCAGGCAGAUCACGCAGGCCAGGCAGGUCACACAGGUCAGGCAGGUCACGCAGGCCAGGCAGGUCACGCAGGCCAGGCAGAUCACGCAGGCCAGGCAGGUCACGCAGGCCAGGCAGGUCACGCAGACCAGGCAGGUCACGCAGACCAGGCAGGUCACGCAGACCAGGCAGGUCACGCAGCCCAGGCAGGUCACGCAGGCCAGGCAGGUCACGCAGCCCAGGCAGGUCACACAGGCCAGGCAGGUCACGCAGCCCAGGCAGGUCCACGCAGCCCAGGCAGGUCCACGCAGCCCAGGCAGGUCACGCAGACCAGCAGGUCACGCAGACCAGCAGGUCACGCAGGCCAGCAGGUCACGCAGGCCAGGCAGGUCACGCAGACCAGCAGGUCACGCAGCCCAGGCAGGUCACGCACCCAGGCAGGUCACGCAAGCCCAGGCAGGUCAACGCACAGGUCACAGGCAGGUCAGCCAGCCCAGGCAGGUCACGCAGCCCAGGCAGGUCACGCAGCCCAGGCAGGUCACGCAGCCCAGGCAGGUCACGCAGGCCAGGCAGGUCACGCAGCCCAGGCAGGUCACACAGCGCCAGCCCAGGCAGGUCACGCAGCAGCCCAGGCAGGUCACGCAGACCAGGCAGGUCACGCAUACCAGGCAGGUCACGCAGGCCAGGCAGGUCACACAGGCCAGGCAGGUCACGCAGACCAGGCAGGUCACGCAGCCCAGGCAGGUCACGCAGCCCAGGCAGGUCACGCAGCCCAGGCAGGUCACGCAGGCCAGGCAGGUCACGCAGCCCAGGCAGGUCACGCAGCCCAGGCAGGUCACGCAGACCAGGCAGGUCACGCAGACCAGGCAGGUCACGCAGGCCAGGCAGGUCACACAGGCCAGGCAGGUCACGCAGACCAGGCAGGUCACGCAGCCCAGGCAGGUCACGCAGCCCAGGCAGGUCACGCAGCCCAGGCAGGUCACACAGGCCAGGCAGGUCACGCAGCCCAGGCAGGUCACGCAGCCCAGGCAGGUCACGCAGCCCAGGCAGGUCACGCAGACCAGGCAGGUCACGCAGGCCAGGCAGGUCACACAGGCCAGGCAGGUCACGCAGACCAGGCAGGUCACGCAGACCAGGCAGGGUUGGCCUACGGAAGGAACCCCGCACCACGAGAUAA